AUGGGGACAGCUGCCGUGCCUCGGAAGCUUGGCGCGCAGUUGGCCGCGCCAUCCGCCGGCCCCACUUUCGCGGAAGUUCUCGCUGCGUCUGUCGUGACCCCUGGCAACGCCGAUCCCGCGGGGGCAGUUACCGCCACGCCUCUCCCUGCUGCUUUUACUGCGGCUGCCGCGCCUGCUGCUUCCCGGCCCGUCGUUUCCACUAACGCAGAUCCUACCGCUCUGGUGAAGACUCCCACAGAGAAACCCUCUCCUGCUGCACUCGCCAAGGGAAAGCCAGCCAACAAUGGCGCCACCGCAACCGCAGCCGCCGCUCCCGCGUCCUUACCUGCGCCGAAGCAGGGUGGCCCCACGCCGAAGCAGAGUGGCCCCACGCCGAAGCAGAGUGGCCCCACGCCGAAGCAGAGUGGCCCCACGCCGAAGCAGAGUGGCCCCACGCCGAAGCAGAGUGGCCCCACGCCGAAGCAGAGCGGCCCCGCGCCGAAGCAGAGUGGCCCCGCGCCGAAGCAGAGUGGCCCCACGCCGAAGCAGAGUGGCCCCACGCCGAAGCAGAGUGGCCCCACGCCGAAGCAGAGUGGCCCCACGCCGAAGCAGAGUGACUCCUCGCCGAAUCAGAGUGGUUCGGUGCCGAAGCUGCCCCCUGUUCCCAAACCGGACGCACCUAAGCCCGACGCGUCCCAUCCUAAGCCCGGUGCUCUUCCCUCCAAUCCCGCACCUUCAGCAAAACCACUCGCGACCGUUCUAUCAGCUGGUAGCUCACCGCUGGUAACGACCAAGGCCGUCAACUCGACUGGUGCAGUUGGCAAUUCGACUGGUGCAGUCGGCAAUUCUACCGCGCCGGCAGGAAAUAGCACCGGGUCAGCCGGAAACUCUACCGAGACAGCGACUACUCCAGCAUAUGCCGUGGGAUCGCGCGACUGCCAGUACGGGCAAGUCAAGCAGCUUCACGCAUGCGCCGUUGGAUUCGCGCAGUCCGCCAAGAUCCGCGGCGGCCAGUGGCCGACAUCAUCGUUGUACGAAGUUGAAACGGAAGAUGACACGGUGGUGAACGGGAGGCCCGUGGAGAAAUCGUUACGGUUCGCGCUGAUGAAUUUCCCCGACGGAGUGAUCAUCACGUUUGCGCGAAGCAUGGAGAUCGUGCUACAGAGUAACCUGUUUUUGCGUUCGCGAGUGACGAUCGACGGGCGCGGCGUGCACGUGCGCAUCACCAAUGGCAGCAUCGUCCUGCAAAACGUGAAUGACGUCAUCAUUCAUAAUAUCGAAGUGUCGGGUAACCCGCGAGGCGAUCUGAUUCCCAUCUACAACAGCAGUCGCGUGUGGAUCGACCACUGCCGCCUGCAGGAUGCCCUCACGGGCACGGUCGACGUGGCAAGGGGCUCCACUGACGUCACCAUCUCGAACAGCUACAUCAGCAGCCGCGGGCAGACGAUGCAGCUUGGCUUGUCGGACACGGAUGAAGCGGACAAGAAUAUGCGAGUCACGAUCUACCGCAAUUGGUUCAACACAUCUGGAUCCAUGCAACCGCUCUGCCGCAAGGGCCUCUGCCACGUGGCAAACAACCUCUACACCCACUGGUCCUACUACUGCCUCGCCGCGCGCCGCGGAGCGCAAAUCCGUUUCCAGCAGCAGAACAUCUCCUGCAACCAUUUCCCUCUACAACACCAGCAGCACGUGGAUCGACCACUGCCGCUUCUCCAACCUCUCAGCCACCCUCCCGGUCAUCGAGCUCGCCCGUAA